AUGGAGCGGCUCAAUGAGAUGGAAGACGACUCCAUCUUCAAUAUGAGCCAGAGCAUGGACUUUUCUUUUCCUCCGACUUUGCCCGUGGCGUGUAGUGCUGAGCCCUCAGAAUUAUACAGAACAGUGUUGAGGCACAGUCAUUACCCACCCAUCCUGCAAAGAGGUUCAUGGACUCUUGCGGUUCCGUUUAAAGAGCAGCACCACCACCAAACUCCCAGUGAGUCUAUUGGAAACAAUUAUAGUCCUGCUGCCAAACACCUGAGGAUUAGUAAACUCCAAUACAGACGCAGUUUUCGAAAGGAGGCUACAUCACCUGCUUCAAUCUCAUCUCAGGAAAAUCAUAAAUCAAAAAUAUUACAAACCCCCAUCAGUCGUCCUUCGAGUCCCCAAGAGCAGCUCAACAUCAUUCAGGAGCAAGAAGAGAAGAUGAGAGCUAUUCAGAAUGAACCUACAGACACAGACCUGGAGGGAAGCCUCAGCUAA